AUGAGACAAGCUUUAGAAAGUUUAAACGAAACAAUUGAAGAAAGUAUUGAUCUAAUAAAAGUCUUUACCAAUACCUCAAUAUUUGGACAAUAUUGGGAUAAUACAACUUACCAAAAACGAUUUACUCGUCUUAAUGAUCAUUUAUUACAUCAUUCUAUUACAUUAAAUUUAGCAUUAAAUAUCAAUUCAAUUUUUGAUCAGGAUCAAGAUUUAGUUGAUCGACAAGAAGAUUUGAAUGAAAUUUUAUCUAGAAUUGAUGAACUUUCUUUAUCCAUAACAAAACAAAAUAAAGAAUUAAACGAAAUCCAUCACAGAUUUGAUUCAUUAGAAAAUCGUUUGCAACAAAGAUCUUCUCAUGAACAACGAAAUAAUUUUCUUUCUAUUUCAAGACAAGAUUUAAAAAUUGAAAAACUAAUUGGUCGUGGAGGAUUUUCUGAUGUUUAUCGUGGCAUUUGGAUUAGUCGAGAUCAUCACGUAGCAAUUAAAGUUUUCCAUCUGAAUUAUUUAACGGAUAAAAUUCAACAAAAUAUUCUCAAUGAAAUUUCUAUCAUGUAUCAAAUUCGUUAUGAUCAUUUACUUGGUGUUUUUGGUGCAUGUAUAGAACCAAAUUAUCAUGCAAUUAUUAUUGAAUAUAUGCCAUUAGGAUCAUUAUUUCAUCUAUUACAAGACAAAGAAUAUCAUUUAUUUUGGUCUGAUCGUUGGUCAAUUUCGCUUCAAAUGACCAAAGGUAUUAAUUAUUUACAUAUGAUGUCAUUUAUACAUCAAGAUAUAAAAUCAUUAAAUAUUCUUCUGGAUAGAAAUUGUUCGGGUUAUCUUGUUAAAGUAAGUGAUUUUGGUUUAGCAAAAAUGCAAGAAGAAAUUCAAAGAGAAAAUAAUCGAAAACCAACUAUAGCAGGAACAUUAAGAUGGAAAGCACCAGAAUUAUUUCGAUUAAGUCCGCCCUCAUUUGCAAGUGAUGUUUAUAGUUUAGGAAUUGUUUUUUGGGAACUAGCUACUAGAUGUAUACCUUAUAAUCAAUGGAAUGAUGAUGAUAUUAUUCGAAAUAUUAUGAAUGGAUCUCGAGAAGAAAUUCCUUCAAAUGUGCCAGAAAGAUUUGCAUCAAUUAUUACAAAUGCAUGGCAUCAACAAUCAGACAAACGACCAACAUGUCAACAGUUAAUUCAAGAUAUUAAAAUUGCUUCUACUUCGAAUGAUACAGAUAUCAAUCAAUCCACAAUUUGUACAAGGAAAGGUGAUGAGAUUAUCUAUGAACAUCAACAUUCAACCAAAUCUCAGAUAUUGUCAGACAUCAAUCCAAUGUCUGAUAAUGUAAAUGAAUUCCAUGAUAACUCACCGUUCGUUACUCCCCCAACAAUACUGGCUGAUGAAUCAACAAUCGAAAAAGUAAUAGAUUCCUAUGAACUUCAUACAACUGUCCAAUUAUCUGAACGACAAUUGACUGAUCAAGAUAUGAAUGUUGUAGUCAAGUUAGCUAUCGUAAACAAACAAUGUCGUGCACUGAUGUUGUAUUCAAAUCAUAUCACAUUGAAUGGUACAAUGAUUUUAGGUGAUGCAUUACAUGGCAAUUUGACGUUAGAAGAAUUAUAUAUUUUAUCCAAUCAGUUAUCUGAUUUAAGUGUAUAUUAUUUGACUCAGUCACUUGCAUUUACUAAUUCCAGUCUAAAGAAAUUAGAUUUGGCUGAUAAUCAAAUUACCGAUGAAGGUGUUCAAUAUCUAACUGAUGUAUUAACAACAAAUAAAACAUUGACUCAUUUAUGGUUAGAUAACAAUGAAAUAAGUAAUAGAGGAAUACAAUUAUUGACUGAUGUACUUAUUAAAAACAAUACAACUCUAUCUAAUUUACAUGUUAGAACAAAUAAAUUGAUCGAUGAUUCCAGUAUUCCAUUUCUGAUGGAUAUGUUCGAACGUAAUCAUUCAUUAAAAACCCUGUCGAUAUCGAAUUGUGCUCUAUCUGAAACAGGUGAAACCGUACUAAAAGAAGCAAUAUCAACAAAACAAGAAUUUACCUUAGAUAUUUGA